CACUACUACCUCCUACUGCUGUUUACAGGCUCGCGCGUCAUCAUCAACCCAACCCCCAAGAACAUGGCAACCUCAGCCCCCGCGUCCGGAACGGGUGUCGAAGUGAAGCACGUGACAAUCUCGCCGGCAAGCUCAAACCCCAAGCUGGAGUUCACACGCAAUUUCGAGCAGGUCUUCAAGCCCUCAUCAUCGCUGCGCGGCGCUUUCGAGCACCACGCCGCGUACAAAGCAAUUUUCAGAACGGAGGAGGGCAGGGGGUUUAGAAGCCGAGAGCCCGACACGACGAAACUUCCUGGAAAAAUUGUUGCAACAUCCCGCACGACUCAACAAACGGGACUGUCACGUGCGUCGAAGGGCCUCAUUUCCGCCAUUAUGACCGCCUACAACACUCACUGCGCUCUAGAAGUCAGCCCGGACGACGUGUGGUUGACGAUCCUCUCCCAGUUCUGCGCAUACGUCAACAAGAACGCCGAGGGGUUGCGCGACAGGGUGGUUGAGCAUGAGGGCAAGAAGGGGCUGACCGUGGAAGGGUACGGGUCGUUGGAAACGGCCGACUAUGCGAAGUUGAUCAAGGAUCUCUUAGGACAAAUCAGGCAGAACAUCAAGUCCCCCGAGCUGGCGGACUGGUUCCGCCCUGGGUUCUCUACUACUACGGAGACAGACGAGGUGUGCGCGGCGGCAGCAGCUAUGGCGAGCCUGCAGGCAUACUUCGAGUACACAAUGUGCCUGGCGUGCGGCAUUCCGUCGGUGACCCUGAUGGGCACAGUUGAGGACUGGAAGCUGCUGCGGGAGAAGAUCGAGCGAAUGCUUGAGUUCGAGGUGCUGGGCAACCCGGAGGGCAAGGUCAUGGAGCUAUGGGUGGGGUACCUGAGGAAGGUGUGCGACGGGUUUGUGGAGUCGGCGGAGCACCCGGACAGCGCGGCGACGGUUGACUUCUGGGACAAGGUUCUCUCACACAAGAAUCGGGGCUCGGGAAUGAACUACACGACAGGCUGGGUCUCCGCGUUUUCGUGCUUCGACAAAGACGGGAACUUCAUCGGGAAGAACAUGAGCAUGGGCGGGGAGUUCCCUCUCAUUAGGGAUAGCGCACUUUGCCACAAUGUUAUCUCGUGCCCUGUGACCAUCGACGACAACGGGCAUGAGUAUGACGCUACCUUGUUUACAGGCCAGGUGGCCUUCAAGGCAGAACAAGGCGCCGAGGGGGGGCAUCCGACUGUCCGCCCGCGUAACGACUGGUGUCUAGCCGUGGCGGUGAAAUAGAGAGGUUGACGUGAUGAUGAUUCGGGUGAAGGUCGCCACACCUAUGCAUACGUCAUGAGAGCUUUCGUGUUGUACACAGCACGUGCCGUGAUUCUUCGGAUUGUUGUUUGUUCCCUAUAGUGAAUAGGAGGUACUUGCAAACCCACCACAUGUCGAUGGCAAGCACCUACUGCAGUAAGAGAUUGGGGGCCAGGUAGAUAUUUUUUUUGAUGCAAGACUCCGCAUCGUAAAGUCUUGGAGUGGGUAACCAAGACCGUGAAGUAGGUGAUGACUGUCGGUUAGACGGUUGCUGAGGGUGUUGGGAGAAAAAGCAAUUGCCGAUGAAUGAAAUUUGUUUAGUUGUUGUCAUCUCGAGCUCGUCCUGUUGCAGUCACUUCACACCAGGUGUAGCUGUCCCUCAAGAGGUUCGACGACAAGGUAGAUGCCCCCGGAGACGAAAUACCGGGUAUUUCGCGCUUCGAGGACCGAACCUCUACUUCAGGAUAAGGAGCAGUUGCUGCAUUUGACGACGCUGAAAAGGAAGCAACGCUGCGGUGAUUGGUGUUGCUCCAUGUGGCAGAAUGACGACAGAUGGCUCCACGCC